AGGUUUGGAUGGAUUGGUUGCCCUGCCCCUUCCCCUUCCUUCCUUGCGACUCCCUCCGCCCAAAGUCCCAAACCCGCCGCCCUCCCCAAACGCCUGCCUGCGCCUCCGUCCUCCCAACCCUCUGCUGCCUGCGCCGCCGCCCUCCAUCCCUCCCUCCCUCUCGCUGGCAUGUCAUCUCCCUCCAGAUAAGUUGAAUCAAUCAGGGUCCUCGGCGGGCGGCUGGUAUGGCAUCUCCCCCGCCUUUCGACAUUUGCGGCGAUCUCGACGACGAGCCGGCCACCGCCAUCCCUGCCGGUCGCCAUCACCCUGCCGCAGCCCCCACGCCCAACGGCCUCAACGACCGCCUCCUCCGCCUCGCCCGCAGCCGCCAAGACCCUAACCCUAACCCCAAUCCGCCUCCAGCCCCCGCUGAAGAAGCCAGGAAGGUCAAGCUCGCCGGCCGACGCCGCCUAUGCAAGCUCGCCACCCACCAACCGGAGGAGGACCACCAGCAGCAGCAGCAGCAGGACGGCGGCGAAAGCAUUCGCGACAUCCUGGACGAUCUCACCACCCGCCUCAACUCGCUGUCCGUCCACAAGCAGCCCAACCCUACCGCGAGUUCAAGAGAAGAGCAGCUCGCCCCCCUGCCGUGCGACAUCACCUCGGACCCAGAUGACCAGAGCACCGAGGACGGAGAUACCCAUGCCGGCGCCUCCUCGCCCCUUCAGAUUUCUAGCUCUGAUGAAGCAGCUACAACCAUCACCAGGCGGGCUCAAGUCAAGCCAGAAACUACUUCAGUCGCCUCAGCCUCUACUGAUUAUGCCUGUGGUGAGGCCCCCCUUGGCACGGGGAAGAGCAAAGGUACCAAAGAUGUGGGGAGGAUAGAUAGGGUACCAAAGGUUUCACCCUUCAUUGAUUCUGAUUCUGAUUAUGACGACGGUGAUGAGGAGGAAGGAACAUCAACAGCUUAUGCUGCUAAGCAUGUCAGAAGGAAGGCAUUCACAAGGAGACAAACCAAGGCUUCAACAUUCAUGAACAAUGACUACAGCAGCGAUGACGUCCUGGGUCAGGAGAAGGAAAACCAUGGAGCUGUGGAGAAUGACGCCGAGGACGUUGGAUGGGAGAAGAUGGAGGACUUCAAGAUGGAGCCAACCGGAACUGCUGCAACAUCCAAACCAUACAAGCUCCCAGGAAGGAUAUUCAAGAUGCUUUACCCUCAUCAGCGGGAGGGCCUCCGAUGGCUCUGGGUUCUGCAUUGCAGGGGAACUGGAGGGAUCCUAGGGGAUGACAUGGGCCUUGGCAAGACCAUGCAGGUUUCUGCAUUUCUGGCUGGAUUGUUUCAUUCUCGCCUAAUCAAGAGGGCGCUCAUUGUCGCUCCAAAGACACUUCUGGCUCAUUGGACCAAGGAGCUCUCAGUUGUUGGCCUUAAACAUAAGAUCAGAGACUACUCUGGCCCCAGCACAAAUAUUCGCAAUUAUGAGCUUCAGUAUGCCUUCAAGGAGGGUGGUGUCCUCCUAACAACCUAUGACAUUGUCCGGAACAAUUACAAGCUGAUAAGAGGCAAUUCCUACAACAAUGAUGACGACGACGAGGAAGGAACAGUGUGGAAUUACGUCAUUCUUGAUGAGGGGCAUCUAAUAAAAAACAAUAAGACGCAAAGGGCCCAGAGCUUGUUCGAAAUACCUUGUGCCCAUCGCAUUGUGAUCAGUGGGACGCCUAUCCAAAAUAACUUGAAGGAAAUGUGGGCUCUGUUCAAUUUCUGCUGCCCGGAUGUCUUGGGUGAUAAACAACAGUUCAAAACAAGGUAUGAGAUGGCUAUCCUUCGAGGAAAUGACAAGAAUGCUACCACUCGAGAGAAGCACAUAGGCUCAAAUGUAGCUAAGGAACUAAGAGAGCGGAUCAAGCCAUACUUUUUGCGACGCAUGAAAGGUGAAGUAUUCCUUGAUAGUGGUGCAUCAGAAGAAAAAACAUUAGCAAAGAAGAAUGAGCUAAUUGUCUGGCUGAAGUUAACGGCUUGCCAGAGGAAGUUAUAUGAAGCUUUUCUCAAAAGUGAGUUGGUUCAUUUAGCUGUACAACCUAAGGGAUCACCACUGGCUGCAAUCACAAUAUUGAAGAAAAUAUGCGAUCACCCACUGCUAUUGACUAAGAAAGCUGCUGAAGGUGUCUUGGAAGGGAUGGAUGAAAUGACGGAUGAUCAAGACAUAGGAAUGGUAGAAAAAAUGGCCAUGAACCUUGCAGAUAUGGAUCCUGAUGAUGAUGCACUGGAAGUUGGUCAGGAUGUCUCAUGCAAACUGUCAUUCAUCAUGUCCUUGUUGCGGAACCUUGUUAAAGAGGGGCAUCAUGUUUUAAUCUUUUCGCAGACCCGUAAAAUGCUGAACCUUAUUCAGGAAGCCAUAUUAUUAGAGGGCUACAAGUUCUUGCGCAUUGAUGGCACAACAAAGGUUUCUGAUCGGGAAAGGAUUGUGAAGGAUUUCCAAGAGGGUCCUGGAGCUCCAAUAUUUUUACUAACCACACAAGUUGGUGGACUUGGACUUACACUUACCAAGGCAGCACGCGUCAUAGUAGUUGAUCCUGCUUGGAACCCAAGUACAGACAAUCAAAGUGUAGAUCGUGCUUACCGAAUUGGCCAGACCAAAGAUGUGAUUGUAUACCGCUUGAUGACAUCUGCAACCAUUGAAGAAAAGAUAUACAAAUUACAGGUUUUCAAGGGGGCUCUAUUCAGAUCAGCUACAGAACAAAAAGAGCAAACACGUUACUUCAGCAAGAGUGUACCUGUCCUGCUUCUAUUUCUUGUCAUUGUUUGCUCAAUCUCCUACUGGAUAUUUAUGGCUAUAUUGUACCCUCAGGAGAUUCAAGAGCUUUUUAGUUUGCCACAACAAGGUUUUGAUGUUUCCCUCACGCAAAAGCAGUUGCAAGAAGAGCAUGGUCAACAAGUUGUUAUGGAUGAGUCCUUGAGGCAGCAUAUACAGUUUCUGGAGCAACAAGGUAUAGCUGGCGUGAGCCAUCACAGCCUCCUGUUCUCUAAAACAGCAACCCUGCCCACAUUGAGUGAGAGUGAUGCACUGGACAGCAAAUCUCGUGGAAUGUCCAUGAUGCCCCGUCACUAUUACAAGGGAUCCUCAUCUGACUAUGUUGCUGGCGGGGCGGCUUUUGCAUUGAAGCCAAAAGAUGAAAAAUUCACUGCUCCAAGGUACUCCCCAAGCAACAGAAGUGCAGAGAUUCCUGAAAAGAUCAAGACAAGAAUCGACCGACUUUCACAGACUCUGUCCAAUGAGGCACUGCUGUCGAAGCUACCAGAUGGUGGGGAGAAGAUAAGGAGGCAGAUAAGUGAGCUGGAUGAGAAGCUGACUUCUGCGGAGAAGGAGAAGAGAGAGAGGGAGAGGGAGAAGGGGGGAGUGAUCUGCGUGGAUGAUCUGAGCGCAGAUAUGGAGAGCAUAGUGUUGUCGGUUUAGGCUGUCAGAGUUUCUGAUGUUGAAGUAGCGUCUAGCAUCCGUUUAAGCUGUCUGUCUGGCUGGCUAUGACUAUAAGGGGGAGUGAGUUUUGAAGCUUAUUAUGGAAUGUUGUGUUGCUAGUUGCCACUUGCUAGAAAAGACAAACCAUUUCAUUAGCCACUGGGUUGUGACUACCACGUUGCUAUCU